AUGCGGCUGAGCCACUGCGAAAAGGAUUCUUCUGCUGUCGUCAAGCUUUCGGAUGACGACAGCCCCGGCCAGCCAACAUCUGACUGCAACCUCAUCAGCUGUCUCAGGCUACAGCUGCCCAGCCGGGUCACUCCCAAGUUCCUGACUGGGUUGUUCUGGAAACCAGGCGGUGUGAGGGUUGCUCUGGAAACCAGGCGGUCUGUUGGUUGCUCUGGAAACCAGGCGGUCUGUGGGUUGCUCUGGAAACCAGGCGGUCUGUGGGUUGCUCUGGAAACCAGGCGGUGUGUGGGUUGCUCUGGAAACCAGGCGGUCUGUGGGUUGCUCUGGAAACCAGGCGGUCUGUGGGUUGCUCUGGAAACCAGGCGGUCUGUGGGUUGCUCUGGAAACCAGGCGGUGUGUGGGUUGCUCUGGAAACCAGGCGGUGUGUGGGUUGCUCUGGAAUCCAGGCGGUGUGUGGGUUGUUCUGGAAACCAGGAGGCGUGAGGGUUGUUCUGGAAACCAGGUGGCGUGUGGGUUGCUCUGGAAACCAGGUGGUCUGUGGGUUGUUCUGGAAACCGGGCGGUCUGUGGGUUGCUCUGGAAACCGGGCGGUCUGUGGGUUGCUCUGGAAACCGGGCGGUCUGUGGGUUGCUCUGGAAACCGGGUGGUCUGUGGGUUGCUCUGGAAACCGGGUGGUCUGUGGGUUGCUCUGGAAACCAGGCGGUGUGUGGGUUGCUCUGGAAACCAGGCGGUGUGUGGGUUGCUCUGGAAACCAGGUGGUGUGUGGGUUGCUCUGGAAUCCAGGCGGUGUGUGGGUUGUUCUGGAAACCAGGUAGUCUGUGGGUUGUUCUGGAAACCAGGUGGUGUGAGGGUUGUUCUGGAAACCAGGUGGUCUGUGGGUUGUUCUGGAAACCGGGUGGUCUGUGGGUUGCUCUGGAAACCGGGUGGUGUGUGGGUUGCUCUGGAAACCGGGUGGUCUGUGAGUUGUCCUGGAAACCGGGUGGUCUGUGAGUUGUUCUGGAAACCGGGUAGUCUGUGGGUUGUUCUGGAAACCAGGCGGUGUGCGGGUUUUUCUGGAAACCAGGCGGUGUGCGGGUUUUUCUGGAAACCAGGUGGUGUGAGGAUUGCUUUAGAAACUAGGCGGUCUGUGGGUUGCUCUGGAAACCAGAUGGUCUGUGGCUUGUUCUGGAAACCAGGUGGUCUGUGGGUUGUUCUGGAAACCAGGUGGUCUGUGGGUUGUUCUGGAAACCAGGUGGUCUGUGGGUUGUUCUGGAAACCAUGUGGUCUGUGGGUUGUUCUGGAAACCGGAUGGUCUGUGGGUUGCUCUGGAAACCAGGUGGUCUGUGGGUUGUUCUGGAAACCAGGUGGUCUGUGGGUUGUUCUGGAAACCAGGUGGUCUGUGGGUUGUUCUGGAAACCAGGUGGUCUGUGGGUUGCUCUGGAACGCUGAAUUGUUCAUCUCUGCUUGAGUUUGUGCUUCUUUAAUCCCAACAUGGACAUCAGCUAAUUAAAUCUAUUUUCUGAAACUCUCUGCUUAAUGGGAACAGUCUGUAAUCUACUUUAGACUUGGUAUUUUUCUUCAUUGGGCCAAGAAACCAAAAAAACCAAACCCAUCGCUGUUGAGUUGAUUCCGACUCAUAGUGACCCUAUAGGACAAAGUUAAACUGCCCCUUAGGGUUUCCAAAGAGCGCCUGGUGGAUCUGAACUGCUGAACUUUUGGUUAGCGGCCUAACUCUUAACCCUGCGCCACCAGUAACCAAUAGACACUGUUAAAUUUUAAAAUGGCAACACUGACCUUGGAAAGUGAAUAAACACAGCAUCUUUGGUUCAUGUAGUGAACUCAGUAAAUGGUGUUUCCAUGUAGUAACAGGCUCUAACAAGACAAAAAACAAACAAAACCCCCAAACCUGCUAACAUAGAGUCAAUUCUGACUCAUGGUGACCCCACGUGUUAUAAAGUAGAACUGCUCCAUAGGGUUUUCAUGACUGUAAUCUUAGGAGAAGCAGAUCGACCGGCUUUCUUCUAAGGUACCGCCGGCUGUGUCCCAGCACCAACCUGUAGUGUGGAGCACAAACUGUUUGUGUCACCUCGGCACCAGCAGCUGUUAGUAAAGCAGAAACUUCCAGGCUAGUAACUUUACGUAACAACAGAAGUACUAGCUCUGACGUUGCUGACCUUUGGCCUGUUUUGGACACACACACACACACACACACACACCCUCACAAUCUUCCUGGUAAUUCGCUGUAUUGCCUGACCUCUGAACACUUUGUUUUUUUACUGAAAAAAGCUUCCUGAUGGGUAAUUCAGUUGCAUGACAGAAGAGAGAAGAAAUACAGUUAGCACAGGACCACAGGGCUUGCUAGUGAGCAAAGAGACAUAUCAUAUGAAA